UUAUUGUCAACAUUUGUCCUAGAAGAAAUUGUUUGAGUUUACGCUACUUAAAUUUUGUUGUAUUAAGUGACAGAAAUUGUCGUAAAGAAUGUGUGGACUUGUAAGAACUGUAGGCAGAGUAUUAAAGAGGAUCAAGUAAAGUUUUCAUAUUGUAUUGAUACAUCGGAUUAGUUUGCAUAAUCAUUGCGUGAAAAUAGCUUUGUGUAUUACAGUUGACAUUCUUGUAUUAAAUUUUUUCGUAUUUUUUGUUUGUGUAAUGUUUUACAUCGGCUAGGUUUGGAAUAACAGAAAACGAUAUAAAGAAAACUGAAGAAAAGAAUUACAGUUAUUAAUAAAACUUACGGAUGGAUUUUUAUGUGAAAGUGAACUAAUGGAUUAAAUAUCAUUCAAAAGGAACUAAUAAACUCUUUCUGUGUCAGAAUGUAGAUGUUGAAAGCAAAGAUGUUGAAGUUUACAUUGUAACUGUAUGGUAUCUAGGCAUCAGUUGUAACCAUGGCAAUGAAUGGUUACCAUGAUGACAGAGAGGGGGAGGAGCAAAGAGGACUGGAGGAUAUGAUCAAACUAGAUGUGUUAGAUGAGAGAACCAUUCUUGAAAACCUGCAAGCCAGAUACAGACAUGACCUGAUAUAUACAUACUGUGGAAGUAUUUUGGUGUCUGUCAACCCAUAUCACAUGUUUAAUAUCUAUGGGUUGGACAUGGUGAAGCGAUAUGAGGGGCAACCUAUUGGAUCCUUACCACCGUAAGUAUUCACAUGUACA